UUUUGCAUACCUAAGUUCAUUGCCAUUUUUGUCUUUGCUAUUUGGAGCCUCCUUUGCUUCAUCAAUAUAUAGAAUCUCCAUGGCUUUUCUUAGCACCCUGGACUUUGAGCUUUGAGAAACCCAGCUGCAUGUGCACCUCUCUCUGAUCUUCUUUGCGUAUAAUCCUCGUAAGUUCACCGAUCGACCAGCUAGCUGCCAUGAAGAGCAUUGGCAAGGCGGCCGAGUUCCUGAGGAAGGCGGUGGGCGCGCUGCGGGGGAAGGCCGCCGUGCUCCGAGCCCGCCUCCUAUUCCUCGCCUCGCUCCGCCGCAGGAUGGUGGUGGUCGCCGGGAUAUCCCGCCACAUCCGCGCGCUCGCACCGCGCCAGGAGGGCAAGCAGGGCCGGGAGAAGGCGGCGGCGCAGUGCAGGCGCGGCGAGGCCGUCGCGCCGGCCGCGGACGACGGCGAGCACAAUAACCACGUCGUCGGCGUCCCCGAGCUGGCUCGCUUGUUCGAACAAGUAGCCAACGAGGACGGCGGCGACGGCGGCUACGCCGAUGACUGUGCGCUCACGCUGCGCUUGCUGUUCGACGACGAGGGCAACGAGCGCCGUGCUGCCGGCGGCUUCGCCGUCGUGGACGGGCUCGACGUCGACGAGGAUGAUGACGAGCCGUCGGUGAUCGACGUCAUCAGGAGCCGCCGGGAAGGCGACGGCCUGGAGUUCAGGAUCGAGGACGAGAUCGACCAGGCCGCCGACAUGUACAUCACCAGGGUCCGCCGCCGGAUCAUGAACGCGCAAACGGAGCUUGGAGCCAGUGGCAUCGAGUAGUAUAGUUCGUUAAUUUUCACGUGCACGCUGAGAUUUGACCAAGAACGCCACAUUGUCAGUUUGGUCCCUCCUUUUUAGUUGACCUUUGCACUGGAGUAACUAAAUUAGCCAAUUUGGUUGAAAGCUGAUUGCUUAUGUGUCUGGCUGUACAAAAGGUAUUAUUUUGUACAGUAAGUUUAUUGGAAUUAUGA